AGACGGAGAGUGUGCGCAAGCCUGUGAUCCAUUGAUAUCAUGUCUUCACUAUUGGAGAGGAAGUGAUUUAGCACAAUCCUAGAAUAAAAUAACCAUUCACUGUUGAAAAUCUGAACCCAUUCUGGUCUCAGGUUGGGACCGAUGGGGCCGGGCCGCCCUUACUUGCUCGGUCGGCUCUAGAACGAGGAUCUACUGUGUUGUAUUGUGAGUUUUCAUCAGCAAAUCGUGGAAGAUGGCCGACGUACCGGCGGAGUGCACCAUCAAAGUGAUGUGCCGUUUCAGGCCCUUGAAUAGUUCAGAGGUGACCAGAGGGGACAAAUACAUCCCAAAGUUUCAAGGGGAAGACCAUGUGGUCGUCGGGAGCAAACCGUUCCAGUUUGACAGAGUGUUCCAGCCCAAUACGACACAGGAGCAAGUAUACAACGCCUGCGCCCAGAAGAUCGUCAAAGAUGUUCUGGAGGGGUACAACGGGACAAUAUUUGCAUACGGACAGACAUCUUCCGGCAAAACACACACGAUGGAGGGUAACCUCCAUGACACAGAUGGAAUGGGGAUCAUCCCCAGGAUAGUGCAGGACAUCUUUAACUACAUCUAUUCCAUGGACGAGAACCUGGAGUUCCACAUCAAGGUUUCGUAUUUUGAAAUUUACUUGGACAAGAUUCGGGACCUCUUGGAUGUGUCAAAGACGAACCUGUCGGUGCACGAAGACAAAAACAGAGUUCCCUAUGUCAAGGGAUGCACUGAGAGGUUUGUCUGCAGCCCAGAGGAAGUCAUGGACACCAUCGACGAAGGAAAAUCAAACAGACACGUAGCAGUUACAAAUAUGAAUGAGCACAGCUCCAGGAGUCACAGUAUCUUCCAGAUCAACGUGAAGCAGGAGAACACUGCUACUGAGCAGAAACUCAGCGGAAAGCUCUACCUCGUCGACCUGGCUGGAAGUGAAAAGGUCAGCAAGACGGGAGCAGAGGGUGCCGUGUUGGAUGAGGCUAAGAACAUCAACAAGUCUCUGUCGUCACUGGGCAAUGUCAUUUCAGCCCUGGCCGAAGGGUCUGGCUAUAUCCCAUACAGAGACAGUAAAAUGACCAGAAUCCUUCAGGAUUCUUUGGGGGGGAACUGUAGGACCACCAUUGUCAUCUGCGCCUCCCCCUCCGCCUACAACGAGUCGGAGACCAAGUCCACUCUCAUGUUCGGUCAGAGAGCGAAGACCAUUAAGAACACCGUGUGUGUGAACGUGGAGCUGACGGCAGAACAGUGGAAGAAGAAGUACGAGAGGGAGAAGGAGAAGGGAAAGGCCUUGAGGAACACCAUCACCUGGCUGGAGAAUGAGCUCAACCGCUGGAGGAACGGGGAGAGUGUGCCGGUGGACGAGCAGUUUGACAAGGAGAAGGCUCAAGCUGAGGUGCUGGCCCUGGACAAUGUGCCCAACGACAAGCCUGCCUCUACCCCCAACAUGCCCCAGCUCCGUCUGACUGACGCUGAGAAGGACACGUGUGAGGUGGAGCUGGCCAAGCUCUAUAAGCAGCUGGAUGAUAAGGAUGAUGAGAUCAACCAGCAGAGCCAGCUGGCGGAGAAGCUCAAGCAGCAGAUGUUGGACCAGGAGGAGCUACUGGCGUCGUCUCGGCGCGACCACGAUAACCUGCAGUCGGAGCUGAACCGCCUGCAGGCUGAGAACGAGGCUUCCAAGGAUGAGGUGAAGGAGGUUCUGCAGGCAUUGGAGGAGCUGGCUGUUAACUAUGACCAGAAGAGCCAGGAGGUCGAGGACAAGACCAAGGAGUUUGAGAUGGUCAGCGAUGAGCUCAACCAGAAAUCGAGCGUCCUGACAUCCAUUGACUCUGAACUGCAGAAACUGAAGGACAUGAGCAACCACCAGAAGAAGAGGGUCUCUGAGAUGAUGUCCUCACUACUGAAAGACCUGGCAGAGGUUGGCAUCGCCGUGGGCAGCACCGAGAUCAAGCAACACGACGGCAGUGGUCUGAUAGAUGAGGACUUUACGGUGGCUCGUCUGUACAUCAGUAAGAUGAAGUCUGAGGUGAAGACCAUGGUGAAACGCAGCAAACAGCUGGAGAGCACCCAGUCAGAGAGCAACAAGAAGAUGGACGAGAACGACAAGGAGCUGGCCACCUGUCAGCUAAGGAUCCAACAGCAUGAGGCUAAGAUCAAGUCCCUGACAGAGUACCUUCAGAACGUGGAGCAGAAGAAGAGACAGCUGGAGGAGAACGUUGACUCUCUGAACGAAGAACUGGUCAAGAUCAGUGCCCAGGAGAAAGUCACCGCCAUGGAGAAGGAGAACGAGAUCCAAUCAGCCAAUGAGGUCAAGGAGGCUGUAGAGAAGCAGAUCGCUGGCCACCGUGAGACCCAUCAGAAACAGAUCAGCAGUCUGAGAGAUGAGCUGGACAAGAAGGCGCACCACAUCACUGAACUGCAGGAUCUCAACCAGGAGAUCAUGCUGGACCAGGAGCGUCUCAGGGUGGAACACGACAAACUCAAGUCUACCGACCAGGAGAAGAGCCACAAACUUCACGAGCUCACGGUGAUGCAGGACAGGAGAGAGCAGGCCAGACAGGACCUGAAGGGACUGGAGGAGACUGUGGCCAAGGAGCUCCAGACCCUGCACAACCUGAGGAAGCUGUUUGUCCAGGACCUGGCUACCAGAGUGAAGAAGAGUGCUGAGAUGGACUCUGAUGACACAGGAGGCAGCGCAGCUCAGAAACAGAAGAUCUCCUUUCUGGAGAACAACCUGGAGCAGCUUACCAAGGUUCACAAACAGCUGGUACGUGAUAAUGCAGACCUGCGCUGUGAGCUUCCUAAACUGGAGAAGCGUCUGCGCGCUACGGCUGAGCGGGUCAAGGCCCUGGAGUCGGCGCUGAAGGAGGCCAAAGAGAACGCCGCACGCGACCGCAAACGCUACCAGCAGGAGGUGGACCGCAUCAAAGAUGCCGUCAGGGCUAAGAACAUGGCCAGGAGGGGCCACUCUGCUCAGAUCGCCAAACCCAUUCGUCCUGGCCAGCCUCCAGUGGCGUCCCCCACCCACCCCAACGUGAACCGCGGUGGAGGGGGUUUCUACCAGAACAGCCAGGCUGUGGCCAUCAGGGGAGGAGGAGGCAUGAAGCCAGACAAGAACAUUUGAAGAUGGGAGGGGACAUGACCACAGAAGAUGCAGAUGGAUAUCACCCUGGCAACCUGUCAUUCCAUUACAGCCAUUGGCUUCCUGCAGGCUAUAUAUUAGAGAGAGGGAGGAGUUUUAAUAUAAAUAUAUAAAUAUUCCUGCCCUGUACAGAUCCACCUACCUUCAUGUUUCUUCUCUCCGGAACAAACAACAACAGCGAAAUGAAUUUAAUAUACAAAACACACAACAAGACGCCCACCAACUGCAGAGGGCAGUCUUUGCGCAAUGAACUACAUUUUGACUUGAAUGUGUAGCUAUGUUUUUCGUGGCACAGUUUGUCGUCAUCUCUGAUGUCUUAAGGUUUGGUCUGCACUGUGCCAAUGUGAAUGUACGCUAACCGGGAUUUCAAAAGAGAUGAGAGAAAAAGAAAAGGUGACUGAAACACAGUAAAUAUAAAUGUUGAUCCUUGAUACCGCAAACAUUCGUAGGCUAAUCUCUUGUACAUUAUUAUUAUUAUUAUUAUUAUACUGGUUGUACCACACUUCUUUCUAUCAAUAGAUUUGACAUGCUUCUUGAAAGGUUUGAACCGCACUGCUGUCCUGUUGUACAUAUGUAAUAUGGCACAUGCUUCCUUAAGAGGUGUUUGGCUUUGAAAUGCCAAGAGGUGUGAUUCCAGUUCAGAUUGAUGUAAUUACAGAGUACCUGUGAUGGCCAUUGUUUUUACUGUAAGGAAGAUAAAGCGACACAUACUUGGCGCGGUGACCACAUUAAAAGGAUGCGAGUAGGAAAGAGGAGCUUUCAUGCCUGCGUCCCAAAUGUCUGUACGGUUCGGAUGUUAUUUAUCUGUCUGGCCAUUGGGCGCACAUAGAUGGCACACACACGCUGGUCCUAGCCAGCUAGGUCCUCUCAUCCACUCACCGUUUUUGCCCUGACCUCCUCUGAACAAACCAUUGGCUGGUGGUUGUUUUUAACAUUUUAUUUUGUAACGUAAGUGUUUAUAGUACUUUGAUCAAUGGGCUCCUUUCUGUGCCCCCACCCCCCACCACCAGUAAUGUCAAGACGAGUGAAGUACAUACAUUUAGGUGGGCCUCUGUUUUAAAUUGAUAUUGGGAAUCGAUAAAGGUAGGCUCUGACUUUUCCAAAAUCACCCUCUUUUCAUUAAGCAGGGGGCCUUUGGCUAGGAAGGGGAUUGGUCGGGUUCAGUCUGCUGGUUAACUAGUCUGGGUCUGAAAUGGCACAGCCCUAUGGGCCCUGGUCAAGACUACAUAGUGAAUACGGUGCCGUUUCAGACCUAUCCCAAAGCAUCUUGGAAAGUGGUUUAUUAAUUAUCGAAGUUGUAAUCAGGAGCCAAGGAUUUUAUACAUUUUACACUUGUUGUCUUCUUGCGUUUGUUGUUUUCUUCCCGAAUCCCCUUCAAUUAUUGUUCCUAUGUGAGAGUAAAAUGUCUCUCCAA